AUGAUGAUCUUCUUACAAAUUAGGCUAUUUGCAACGGUGAAAACCCACCAACACCGAUUUUUCAAGUGGCUAAUUGUUCUCUCCGAUGGCAUCCAUGCUUAUUCAUCCGUCAUGUUGGCAACUCAACUAAAUCAAAGAGUUACUAGUGGUGAAUUGGAUGCUAAAGCUAUUAUUAAGCUCAAUAACUACACUUGUAAUAUUGUACAAGAAACAAGGAAAGUACUGGUAAUCUUAGAUUUAACAGUUCUUACUUGUGGAAGUGAAACGGAUAUAAUUGGUCAGCCCAAACCGUAUAAUGACCAAUCUGUGACAAAUCCCCGUCCCACCAUCCAUCCCCAACAGAAUUUGGUUGACAAAUCCGAAAAUCGCAUUGUUUUUCCAAUCAGUAGCCUCACUCCUUAUCAAAACAGAUGGACGAUUCGAACUCGUGUAACGAGUAAAAGUGAAAUUAGAAAAUGGAGCAAUUCACGAGGCGAAGGAAAACUAUUUAGUGUCGAUUUAAUUGAUGAAUCGGGAGAAAUUAGAGCAACUGCCUUUCGUGAUCAAGUCGAAAAAUUUUAUGAUGUCUUAGAAGUUAACAAGGUAUAUUACAUAAGUAGAUGCAGUAUCAAGACUGCAAAUAAAAACUUUACCUCCAUCAAGAAUGAUUACGAAAUGACAUUUACUAACGAAACCGCUGUUGAACCUUGUGAUGAUAUAGCAUCAUUACCGAAAGUUAGCUUUAACUUCGUACGUAUUGGCGACAUCGAGAAUCAACCAGCUGAAAGAAUGAUAGAUGUCGUUGGCGUUGUAAAAAGUGCUGAUGACGUUGUUACGAUUAAUACGAAAUCUAAUAGACAAGUCAAUAAGAGAGAUAUCGAAUUGGUUGAUGAUUCCGGCAAAGUCGUACGACUGACACUCUGGGGCACCAAUGCAGAAGAAUUUGAUGGUUCACAAUUUCCUGUCGUUGCAGUUAGAGGCGCGAGAGUGACUGAAUUUGGAGGUCGGUCAUUAAGUGUUGUGGGUUCAAGCCAACUUAUGACUAAUCCUGAUAUACCUGAAGCGCAUAUACUACGUGGCUGGUUUGAUGUGCAAGGUAAAGAUCAAGAAUUAGUUUCGAUAUCAACAAAACGCGGAGAUAUUGGAUCCCCUGGCUUCAGUGGCAAUUGGAAAAAUAUUAGCGACAUCCAUGGCGAAAAUUUGGGACAGCAAGAAAAGGCGGAUUACUUUAACCUCAAAGCCACAAUUAUCUACAUUCGCAAGGAAAAUUUGAUGUACAAGGCUUGUCCUAAAGAAGAUUGCAAUAAGAAAGUCAUUGAUCAAGGAGGAAGCUACCGUUGCGAGAAAUGCAAUCAAACAUUCCCAGAUUUCAAGUAUCGACUAAUGAUAUCUGCUUCUAUAGUAGAUUCUACUGGCAGUAAUUGGCUUACAUUUUUUCAAGAGACUGGAGAAGCUAUGUUGAAAUGUACAGCUCAGCAGUUAGGCGCGUGGAAAGAAAAUGACGAAAGUAAAUAUGAACAUACCAUAAAUGAAGCUUUAUUUCAGUCUUACAUUCUCAAAGUUAGAGCUAAAAUGGAAUCUUUCAAUGAUGAAAAUAGACUCAAAUGCAGUUGUGUAAACUUGACACCAAUGGACUAUGUGCAACAGUCACGACGUCUGCUUGAAGGUAUUCGUCGCAUGCAAAUGGUUUAG